AUGAUGGCCAGCUACCCCGAGCCGGAGGACUCCGCGGGGGCCCUGCUGACCCCGGAGAGCGGGCGGGCAGUCAAAGAGCCCGAGGCGCCUCCGGCGAGUCCCGGCAAGGGCGGCGGGACAGCACCCGAGAAGCCGGACCCCGCGCAGAAGCCCCCGUACUCGUACGUGGCGCUCAUCGCCAUGGCGAUCCGCGAGAGCGCCGAGAAGAGGCUCACCCUGUCGGGCAUCUACCAGUACAUCAUCGCCAAGUUCCCGUUCUACGAGAAGAACAAGAAGGGUUGGCAGAAUAGCAUCCGCCACAACCUCAGCCUCAACGAGUGCUUCAUCAAGGUGCCGCGCGAGGGCGGCGGCGAGCGCAAGGGCAACUACUGGACGCUCGACCCGGCCUGCGAGGACAUGUUCGAGAAGGGCAACUACCGGCGCCGCCGCCGCAUGAAGCGGCCCUUCCGGCCGCCGCCGGCUCACUUCCAGCCGGGCAAGGGGCUCUUCGGGUCCGGAGGAGCGGCGGGUGGCUGCGGCGUGGCGGGCGCGGGGGCCGACGGCUACGGCUACCUGGCGCCGCCCAAGUACCUGCAGUCGGGUUUCCUCAACAACUCCUGGCCCCUGCCGCAGCCGCCCUCGCCCAUGCCCUACGCCUCCUGCCAGAUGGCGGCGGCCGCUGCAGCAGCUGCGGCGGCCGCGGCAGCCGCCGGCCCGGGCAGCCCCGGUGCAGCCGCGGUAGUCAAGGGGCUGGCGGGCCCCGCCGCCUCCUACGGGCCGUACUCGCGCGUGCAGAGCAUGGCGCUGCCGCCGGGCGUCGUGAACUCCUACAACGGCCUGGGGGGCCCUCCCGCCGCGCCCCCGCCGCCGCCGCACCCCCACCCGCACCCUCACGCACAUCAUCUGCACGCGGCCGCCGCACCCCCGCCAGCUCCGCCACACCACGGGGCUGCCGCGCCGCCCCCGGGUCAGCUCAGCCCAGCUAGCCCGGCCACCGCCGCGCCCCCGGCACCCGCGCCCACGAGCGCGCCCGGCCUGCAGUUCGCCUGCGCCCGGCAACCCGAGCUCGCCAUGAUGCAUUGCUCUUACUGGGACCACGACAGCAAGACGGGCGCGCUGCACUCGCGCCUGGAUCUCUGA